CGUUGUCUUAGUAGCUUAACCUGCCCGGCUUCUCAGCGGUGGGCUGUUGUCAGCUGCAGCGAUGCUGAGGGCUGAGCUGGGAAGAAGGAGCCGCAGCAUGUACCGCCUCGGGAGGAGCCUGUGCCCCGUUCUGUCCAACCGCAUCGGCUCCUCCCUCGUCCCCUUGUGCUGCCCCCAACCCCUGCGACUUCCCUCCUGCCCUGGCAGCUUCAGGGGGCUGCAGCAGGGAAACUGCCCCCCUCCAGGUGCCAAUAUUGUGAAACCUCUGGACGGUGUGAAAAUUCUUGAUCUAACAAGAGUACUUGCGGGACCUUUUGCUACCAUGAAUCUGGGAGACCUUGGAGCUGAAGUUAUUAAAGUGGAAAAGCCAGGUUUUGGAGAUGAUACAAGAUCCUGGGGACCACCUUUUGUUGGAACUGAAAGUGUUUAUUUUCUUAGUGUAAACAGAAAUAAAAAGAGCAUAGCUGUUAAUAUGAAGAACCCUAAGGGAGCGAAGAUCAUUAAAGAGCUUGCAGCUGUCUGCGAUGUCUUUGUGGAAAACUAUGUCCCUGGGAAACUGACUGAAAUGGGCCUGGGAUAUGAAGACAUUAACAAGAUUGCUCCUCACAUUGUUUACUGUUCAAUAACAGGCUAUGGUCAAACUGGUCCAAAGUUUCAAUGCGCAGGCUAUGACUCUGUUGCAGCUGCCGUUUCUGGGCUCUUGCAUAUCACGGGGCCCGAGGGAGGUGAGCCGGUUAGGCCAGGAGUAGCUAUGACUGAUCUUGCCACCGGACUGUAUGCGUAUGGAGCCAUUAUGGCUGCACUUCUACAGCGACAUAAAACAGGAAAGGGAAUGCACAUGGACUGCAAUUUGAUGUCUUCUCAAGUUGCCUGCCUUACCUAUAUAGCAAGCAAUUUCUUAAACUGCGAAACAGAAUCUAAACGAUGGGGUACUGCUCAUGCAAGCAUUGUUCCUUACCAGGCGUUCAAAACUAAGGAUGGCUACAUUGUGGUGGGAGCAGGAAACGACAAACAAUUCGUCACUGUUUGCAAGGUUCUGAAUUUGCCUGAAAUCAGUCAAGAUUCUAGAUAUAAAAAUAACCAGCAGCGAGUGCUAAAUAGGAAAGAACUUAUAGGAAUUUUAUCAGCCAGGUUUUUGGAAAAAGAGACCACCAAAUGGCUAGAACUCUUUGAAAGUAGUGGUGUUCCAUAUGGCCCAAUCAAUAGCAUGAAGCAGGUGUUCUCGGAUCCUCAGGUGCUGCACAAUAGACUUGUCAUGGAAAUGGAGCAUCCAACAGUUGGGAAGAUAGCUGUUCCAGGACCAGCUGUAAGGUACAGUCAGUUUGAAGUGUCCGAGCCAAAACCACCUCCUCUUGUUGGCCAGCACACGUUGGAUGUCCUGAAGGGGACCUUGGGCUACAAGGAUGACACCAUACAGGAAUUGCUGAGCUCUGGUGUGGUAGCUCAAAAUGAACUCAUAUGAAUGGAUUUGGCUUUUAUUUCUGAAGUGGGAAAGAAAAACUUCCUUGAAACCUACUAGGUUCUCUUUAAUUUUCAGAACCUAAUGAUGGAUAUGUGAUUAAGUUCUUCGUAUUAUGUUUAUUAGCAUCUAAAGCACACCCAACACCAUAAUAUCAAC